CUCCCUCAACAUUACCCCACUCAUGUUUCCUGAUAUGGAGUGUAUGUAUGUAUGUGUUGGUGACAUAGAAAGAGAGAGAGAACAUAGUACUUCAAUCAAUUGCCCUUCCUUAACCGUUCUUCCUAUGAUCCCCCCCCCCAAAAAUUAUAAAUUCAAGCAAUAGCUUCCCACUUGGUACAGCAAACCUAACGGAAAAGGGUCAAAGCUGAUCUUCCUCAUUUUUAUGUUCCAGUCCCCUGUUGUUCCCACAACUGUGGUGUCAUCAGUCAGAGACCAGGAAUGGGCCUGCAGAAAAUGCAAAAUCACCAGAGCAUGAACUUGGUCCUGUCCACUGAUGCAAAGCCGAGGCUUAAGUGGACUCCCGAGCUACACCAGAGAUUCGUUGAAGCAGUCUGCCACUUGGGCGGCGCAGACAAGGCGACACCGAAGAGCUUGAUGAGAGUGAUGGGCAUUCCCGGGCUGACUCUGUACCACCUGAAGAGCCAUUUGCAGAAAUAUAGGCUUGGGAAGAGCCAACAGUCAGUGGAAUCGUGCGCCGAGGAUAGCAGCAACAAUACCAACAAGAAGAAGCAAGAAGUCGAAGAUAAAGAAAUUCAAAGCAGAGAUGAGCAUUUCGCCCUGGAAGUGAGAGAUACAGAAGCGCAAGCCAAUCCGAUAAAUCAAAACCUGCAGAUAGCUCAGGCUCUUCAACUGCAAAUGGAAGUGCAGAGGAAACUCCACGAGCAGAUCGAGGUGCAGAAACAUCUGCAGCUUCGAAUAGAAGCUCAAGGGAAGUACUUGCAUUCAGUUCUAAAGAAAGCUCAGGAGACACUAGCUGGGUACUGCUCUUCUUCCCCUGUCAGUGUAGAGCUUGCAAAAGCCGAGCUUUCCCAGUUACUGUCCUUGGUUAAUUCCGGGCCCACGAGCUCUUCCCUCUCCGAGUUGACUGAGCUGGGUGGUCCCGAGCUAAGCGAUGUAGUGAACCGACAGUUGAAAGGAAUGUGUUCUGUAGAGAGCUCAUUGACUUCUUCCGAAAGCUCUGGGAGGAAAGAAGAAGAUAAGCAGCCAAAGAUUGAGAACCGCGUCACUCAAGAGCAAAGUUUUACGGAUUCCAUCGAGCUCUCUUUGAUGAACAUUCAUCCCAGUGAAGUGCCCCGCAUUAAUAACUCGAGGAAGAGAAACUGCAGCAUGAUCCCCCAUGAGAAUGACAGUUCUAAGCUAAGAAAGUAUGAAAUGCCAGAGAGGCUUGAUUUGAACAGGCAGUAUCAGAACGAGCUUGAUUUGGAUCCAAAAGCAAUAGACUUGAACUGCCAGGGAACAGAACAUUGCUCCAGUGGACAAUUUUAAUGCUAUGGGAAUCUUAUAUACAGGAAAACAUACUUAGUUUGUUAUGUUAGAGAUAAUGUUUGUUUAUAGAUUAUGUAAAUUUGUAUGUUCAUGGACCCAGAAGGCGAAAAUGGGAAUGAAAAAGAAGUGGUAAAGUACAUUAUAACGGAA